AUGAGUAAUAUUAAAAUAUCAGUUGUUAUGGACAAUAAAAAUGUUAACGAAACAAUGUUAAAACAUGGUGGAACAUUUGUCGAAGGUUUUGAUAUGAGAAAUCCAUUUACAAGUUUUGUAAACGGUUAUAUAUAUUGUAACUGUUUUUAUGGUCGAAUUCAACUUGAGCUUCAUAAUUAUUAUGUGGAACGUUUACAUAAGUUUCCUUCUAUUAUGAAACACAGUAAAAUUUCAGAUACAAAUUUAAGGAAAAAUUCGAGGUGUAAUUGUUCUUUAAGUAUUAUAUAUGAUGAACAGGAUUAUAUUGGUCCUAGAGGACAAUAUUAUGAAGGAAAUAUACCGCUGAAAACGUUAAUAGAAGUAGAUCAAUUUGAAUUAGUUAAUGAUUCAAUUUCAACUGAACUGUAUCAAAGACGUCGUGUUACCAGAAAAUUAAAUCAAGCGCCUGUCGGGAAAGUUUGUAGUGUUUUAUUAAUGGGCGACAAUACAUUUUUAUACAGAAUUGCACAAGGAGAUAUAAGUUUGGCAACACUUGAAAUGAUAUCAUAUUUACAAGAGGCUGAAACAAUAUUUCGAUGUACUGAUUUCAAUGGGGAUGGUAUUAGUGAUAACAUUGGUUUUAAAAUAAAAUCAUUUAUGAAUCAUGUAAUUGGAGUCAGCUUUACAGCUGCGGAUCGUGUAUCUCAAAGUGAACAACUUCAUGCUGGUGGUAUUUGUGAACGGCCUACAAUUGAAGGCAGUCACUUGAAUUUAUUGGCCAUUUCAACUGUUUUGGAUUCUGAAACUAGAUUAACACAAAGACUAAUACAAAUAGCACUUGCCCAUGAAAUUGGUCAUAGUUUUGGAAGUUUUCAUGAUCCAGACACAUCAGAAUGUGCAAAUUUUUUAAUGUCAGCAAGCAGUAAACCGGGAUAUAACCCAUCAAAUUUCAAAUUUUCAUCAUGCAGUCGCAGAAAUAUUGCACCAAUCAUAUCUAAGAAAUCCUAUGGUUGUUUGGAGCCCGAUGAUGAACCGUAUUGUGGAAAUGAAAUUAUUGAUAUAAAUGAAGAUUGCGAUUGUGGGCUUUAUACUAACUGUGUAGAAAAAGAUCCUUGCUGUUAUCCACGUGGUUCAGUGUAUCAAUGUCACGUCAAAAUUGAUAAACAAUGUCAUCCAUCACAAGGCUUAUGUUGUUUACCAACUUGCAUUUAUCGCGACUUGAAAUAUAUGGGAAUAGACUGUGGAAUAUCGACAUCGCCAAAACGAUGUCCUUGCAAUCAUACGAAUACCAAACGUUGUGCUUGUGGAUACUUUGGACAAUGUUUGGGCGAUGAAUGCCAUAGUAUUGAAUGUACACGGAUUGGUUUAACUGAAUGUGCUUGUUUGGAACCAGAAACAUCAUGUCGAUUAUGGAUUUACAGAGCAGAUUUAUUCACUGAAAGUAGAGUCUCGAAAAAGGGGGACGAACCUUUAAAAUAUCUAUAUCGUGAAGAAUAUUUGGAAAGUAACAUUUUAAGAAGAAUUAAUAUUUUGUAUAAUAAGGAAUAG